AUGGAUGGAGUAAAUAAUUCUGUGGUAUCUGAAUUUGUAUUGGUUGGACUUUCAAGUUCAUGGGAGAUGCACAUUUUUCUCUUUUGGUUCUUCGCUGUGUUCUACAUAGGAAUCAUCCUAGGCAACCUCUUCAUUGUCUUCACAGUCCUAAAUGACUCUCAUUUACACACUCCAAUGUAUUUCCUAUUAGCCAACCUCUCUCUUCUUGAUCUAGGUCUUUCCUCUACCACAGUGCCCAAAUUGGUCUCUGAUCUCUUUAAUGACUGCAACAUCAUUUCAUUUCCAAAAUGUAUGAUACAGAUUUUUUUUAUUCAUGUUAUGGGUGGAGUUGAGAUGGUGCUACUCAUCGCCAUGGCAUAUGACAGGUACACUGCAAUCUGUAAGCCUCUCCACUACCUAACCAUCAUGAACCCCAGAAUGUGUAUUUCCUUCGUUGUGGCUGCAUGGAUAGUGGGAAUGAUCCAUGCUGUUUCUCAGUUUGUUUUUGUCAUAAACCUGCCUUUUUGUGGACCAAAUAAAGUAGAUAGCUUUUACUGUGAUUUUCCUCGGGUCAUGAAACUUGCUUGUGUAGACACUUACAAGUUAGAGUUUGUAAUCAUUGCUAAUAGCGGAUUGAUAUCCAUGGCUACCUUUUUCUUCUUAAUUAUAUCCUAUAUCUUCAUUUUGGUCACUGUCUGGAAGCGAUCUUCAGGGGACUUAUCCAAAGCAUUUGUGACAUUGUCAGCUCACAUUACUGUUGUGAUUUUGUUCUUUAUGCCAUGUAUGUUUCUCUAUGUGUGGCCCUUCCCGACAACAUCACUGGAUAAGUAUUUGUUCAUUGUUGACUUUGCUAUUACCCCUGUCUUGAAUCCAGCCAUCUAUACAUUCAGAAACAAAGACAUGAGACUGGCUAUGAAAAGAUUAUACAUUCUAAGUUUACAUUUUAAGGUAUAUUAUAGUGCAUCAGUGUGA